CAUUUCAAGUGACUCUGUUGGGCGGCAGGGAGCUUGUUCAUUUCAUUGAAAUUUGUUUGGAGCUUUUAUAAAUCUAGCAACUGUAGCUGCAACAGAAGCAGCGCUUGGAUACCUUUUAGUUGCACCUCUGCAGCAAGUGAAAAGGACGCCAUUGUGUACUGAUCCGCUUUAAUAAUCGCAAUUAGCAUUGCUCCAGCGCUUCUUGUCUGCCAACCUUUCCAGCGCCGAUAUCUGUUCCAUCUGAUUCUGGAGCUCUUGCAAACGUAUAGCAUCGAUGGCUUCAACGCUAGCGCGCAGCCAGAUCCAAGCCACAUCGAGGAUCUCUGUGGAAGGCAGCAGCCGCCAUUGUUCGGGAUCCGCCCCCUGCAUUCGCAAUGCAGUAUUCAGGGGAGCUGGUCUGAGGCGCCACUCCGCAUCGCCCCUCCAGCAAUUCAACAAGCCAAUCAGGAAAAGGGGAGGAGUAGCCUAUAAGAACAGGGCCGGCUUCAGGGUUUCGGCGAGCGCAGAGAGGCCGGUGUGGCUACCCGGGACAGCGCCAGCAAAGCACCUGGAUGGAACGCGCCCUGGUGACUUUGGCUUCGACCCUCUUGGCCUAGGCACAGACCCGGCAGACCUGGCGUGGUACGUCCAGGCAGAGCUGGUGCAUGCGCGCUUUGCGAUGCUGGGAGCAGCAGGCAUUCUGGGGCAAGAGUUACUCAGAGCUUCUGGUCGGGACAUCCCUGUCUGGUAUGAGGCGGGCGCAGCCUCGUACUUCGCCCCCACCGGAACGCUCUUCUUGGUACAGCUGCUGUUGAUGGGAUUCGUCGAAACAAAACGGUACUACGACUUCGUGAAACCGGGCUCCCAAAAAGACGCGUGGUUCUUCGGAAUAGAGGCCACUCUUGAAGGCCUAGAGCCGGGUUAUCCGGGUGGCCCGUUCUUCAAUAUUACUGGGCUCGGAACAGGCAUCACUGCAAAAGACGACGUAUUCCAGAUGCGAACAAAGGAGUUGAAGAACGGGCGGCUAGCCAUGGUAGCAGUUCUUGGCUUCAUUGUGCAAGCCCUGGUGACAAAGACUGGGCCCAUCGAGAACUUGGUGGACCAUCUAGCAGAUCCAUUCCAUGUGACUGUCGCCGAAACUUUGGGUAGAGCGGUAUGAUACUGCUCUUAUUGCUUAUUAAAAACAUUUGUCUUAAGAACUUAGUGAAUAGUUGCGCACAAGAUUGGGUUUCUUGCAAAACAGUUCAUGGUCGACUGGCCUCAUGACUGUAUAUGCCCAACAUCGCUUCUCAAGAACUUAACCGGCUGAUUUGGAGCAACCAGCAGCGCUAGUACACGCGCAUUGUCGCGUACGUGCGCACUAUGAUGGUCUGUCAACUUGGCAAACGGAAUCCUGACGUACGAUGUGAUGUCGUUG